UGCCGCCCGGACACAUUUACCCGUCGGACACUAUUACAAUCGGCUUCUGUUUAAUAAUUUUCAUCCUGAAAUGAUCAUUAAAUAAUUCGCCGAUCGAUUGUUGUUGUGAUCGUUGUUGAGUGUAGUGUCUAAAUCCACUCGGUAACAGUCGGUAACCUUCGGGUAAAGUCGGCAAAGUAAAACGAUGUUGAACCCGGAGCGGCGAUCCGUGUGCACCGCUACAUGCUACGUGUACAGUAACAGUUAACGGCAGGGUUAGCCGUUAGCAGACAGACAGGCAGACAGACAGACAGACAGACAGACAGAGAGACAGGCAGGCAGACAGGACCAACCGGUUAUAUUCGUUAAUUUCUGAGUUCACCGAGCAAAUGUUUAUGCGCCGGAGGGUUUGUGCGGUCGGACAGUUAGCACACAGUUAGCACGGAGUUAGCAUGGAGGACAGCUAACGGCUGGGGCAGGAUGGAGGAGUGAAGGCUCGUUUAUCUACUGUAAGACUCGACCUCUGCUCCGGGUGGGUGGUUGUAAAGAUGAUGUACUCCUCGAGGAGAAAGCCUGUCCUCUACUUCAGAGAGGAGAGAAGGUUCCUGUCCGGUAAAUGUACGGUCUACAAGCUGUUCGGCCUCUGCAUGGUGCUGCUGCUCGUCUCUCUGCUCUGGCUGCAGCUCAGCUGUUCAGGCGACAUGUCUGACAGACGCCCCCCCCUCCAGCAGGCGCCGCCGCCGCCGCCCUGCCCGCCCAACAGUCAGGCGUCUGCGGUGGACGACCCCUCCUGGGGUCCUCACAAACUGGCCCUCAUCGUCCCCUUCAGAGAGCGCUUCGAGGAGCUGCUGGUGUUCGUCCCCUUCAUGCACACGUUCCUCAACAAGAAGAAGAUCCGCCACAAGAUCCUCGUCAUCAACCAGGUGGACCACUACAGGUUCAACCGAGCGUCUCUGAUCAACGUGGGUCAGCUGGAGAGCGGCAACGACACGGACUACCUGGCGAUGCACGACGUGGACCUGCUGCCCCUGAACGAGGCUCUGGACUACGGGUUCCCCGAGGAGGGGCCGUUCCACGUGGCCUCGCCGGAGCUGCACCCGCUGUACCACUACAAGACCUACGUGGGAGGGAUCCUGCUGCUCACCAAGAAACAUUACAGCAUGUGCAACGGGAUGUCGAACCGGUUCUGGGGUUGGGGCCGAGAGGACGACGAGUUCUACAGGAGACUGAGGAAAGCGGAGCUCCAGCUGUUCAGACCGAGCGGAAUCACAACCGGAUAUAAAACCUUCCUCCACAUCCACGACCCGGCCUGGAGGAAGAGAGACCAGAAGAGAGUCGCGGCUCAGAAACAGGAGCAGUUCAAGGUGGAUCCGGAGGGGGGUCUGACGAACCUCCGCUACCAGGUGGAGUCCAGGCAGGAGCUGACCAUCAGCGGCGCUCCCUGCACCGUCAUCAACACCAAGCUGGAGUGCGACCAGAACCAGACGCCCUGGUGUCUUCUGGGAUAGAGGACGUACUCAGGACGGGGGGGUCCGAGGCCCCGCCGGUCCACCUGGAGGGUUUUAUGAUCCGGCAGCGCUGCACGGAUCCUUCGUGGAAACGCUGGUCGUGGUUUUAAUGGUUGCAGCUGGAAUCAAUGAUGGUACAAACGGACGUAUUGAUCAUUGAUUGAUUGAUUCCCAGGAUACAGUUCCUCCUCAUCAGGUACAUCUCAACAAUAAACCGGCUGAUGGUUUCAAACUGCUCAUGAACAGAACUCCUGAACCGAGCGGGGACGUGGACCGGUCGGUGUCUGACCUCUGAACUCUGACCUCUGACCACACAGACACUCUCUCAUUGGUCGGUUUCAGUACCAGCUGGUGUGAAUGUGAACUUAAAGUGUGUGUAGUUGUUUUUGGGUUUGUGCAAACGGGGCCGAGUAGAAAGAAUCAAACUGUGACUUCAGAUUUUUAACAUUUUAACAGAAAAUAGUUCGUCAGUAUCUCGUCUUAUUUUUAGUUUCCUGCUGAAUUUAUCUGCCGGGGGGGAGGGGGCAGUAUGUGCUUUUAUUUUUUUAUAGUGUUUCUCUCUUGAACGGAGGUACAGAGCAUUUAAUUCACAAUUAGACUCCUUAUCUCAUAAUUAUCUUCUUAUUGUUAUGAUGAGUUAUUAUCUGAUAAUUAGGUAAGAUAAGGCGUCUAAAUGUUUCCGUUAGUGGACGCAGUGUGUUUCCGUUAGUGGACGCAGUGUGUUUCCGUUAGUGGACGCAGUGUGUUUCCGUUAGUGGACGCAGUGUGUUUCCUUUAGGGGACGCAGUGUGUUUCCGUUAGGGGACGCAGUGUGUUUCCUUUAGUGGACGCAGUGUGUUUCCUAUGGUGGACGCAGUGUGUUUCCUUUGGUGGACGCAGUGUGUUUCCGUUAGUGGACGCAGUGUGUUUCCGUUAGUGGACGCAGUGUGUUUCCUAUGGUGGACGCAGUGUGUUUCCUUUAGUGGACGCAGUGUGUUUCCGUUAGGGGACGCAGUGUGUUUCCUUUAGUGGACGCAGUGUGUUUCCGUUAGGGGACGCAGUGUGUUUCCGUUAGGGGACGCAGUGUGUUUCCUUUGGUGGACGCAGUGUGUUUCCGUUAGUGGACGCAGUGUGUUUCCGUUAGGGGACGCAGUGUGUUUCCGUUAGUGGACGCAGUGUGUUUCCGUUAGUGGACGCAGUGUGUUUGUGUACACACACACAAAGAAACUGGAGACUUUAUUUAAUAAUUCUGAUUUCUGUAUCUCAGUAUUUUAUAAUUACAAGAUCUUUUUCCUAA